AUGCCUUUUGACCGCAUCCAACGCAGAGCGGCUCGAAUCGUCGACGACUUUGUGCUUUCUGAUCGGCUAAAGCCCUUGGCGGUGCGUAGAAAUGAAGGAUCUUCUGCAUCUUCUACCGCAUAUAUAAUUCCGAACCACUUUUCGGAUUACCUGCGGCAAAAUUUCAUAAUUCGACGUAAAGACAGAAUCCUAAAUUUCACCCGUUCCACAUUGACGUCUGGUGUUACACGACGCUUUACAUUAAUUUCUGAACCGUUUCGACUUAUGCGUCUUCAUGAGAAGAGCGUACCACUACCUUAA